UGCAAAUUGCAUAAAUGUGGUGUGCUGUUAUUGCAAAACUGAUCAAUGCGUAACUUAUUCCGCUUGUGCUAUAUUUAUUGUGUAGCUUAAGUUUGUAAAUGAACAAACCGUAAUAAACAGUGGCUAUCCGUAUUAGUUGAAAUUUGCCACCCAAAACCAAAAACAAUAUACAAUUGAAAAGAUUUAAGUUUGAAGCGCUAACCUUUUAGUGAAGUGGUAAUUCCAUCGUGAAGUGGGAAAGUCAUGCUGUAUGUCCCCCAAUAGUGCGAGUUAGUUUUCCAAUGUGAAGUGUCAUGCUUUUGCUCUUAUACAUCACCGCUGAUCCGUGUGCAAUAAAUUCAUCGGUAACAUUGCGUUACUACUCAACUAUCGGUUAUGUGACCAUCAGAUGGUAAUAAUGUAUUGAAUCAUGUAUGCGGUGCUUCGUUAGUACGCACAUAUGUAUGUAGCAUUUUACUGCACAGGCUUUCCUAUUACUGAAUCUGCUAUAAAAAUAGGCAGUUGAAAGGACACAUAAUGGUUGCAAAAACGCAGGAAGGCAUAUCUUUGGAAAAUCUUAGCAAACGAGCAUCGGUUUAUAUUGAUCCUGAUUGUGAUUUGUACCUAGAGCUGCAAUAUUUGCAAUCUUCAAGGCUUACAAAAUGUGCCUGUUUCGACAUCCACCUAUUGACAUCGAAAGGAAAAAAACCAAACUUGAAAUCGUUUCAAGACGUGCAAUCACUCAUUCAACAAGGAAAAAAACGAGAAGCAAAGAUAGUGUUAAGAGAAAACUCAUGGCCCACCAAUUCACCGAUUCGUUCACAGCUAUGGCCAGCUUUAUGCGCCCAACAUCACGUUGGAAAAACGAUGCUGGACGGAUUCUAUUGGGAUAUGGUGAAUCAGGUUUUCGGUACGACAGAAUUGCCCGAGAAACCUAUAAUGCUGCCACCGUUCGUCGAUUCAACACAUUGUCUGCCCUAUCAUUUGACACGGAAAGGUCGAGCGGUGGCUGAUCGAGUAGUAAGUGUGCUCGGUUACGCAUGUCCAGACAUUACUUACAGCCCUACGCUCUACCCUAUUACUUCCAUUUUGUUACACUUUAUGUCUGAGGAAGAAUGCUACCACUGUAUGGCCAGCCUUGUCGCCCCGAAGGAGAAAGUUUUUAUUACUCAAACAAAGUUACUUUAUGAGGUCACGUGGAAGACUGUGAUGCAAAUUGCCAAAAAACAUGCGAAAUCUGCUGUUAAUUACCUAUCGACAAUGUGCAACGGACAAAAGCCUGAAUCGAUCUUCAUGGAUUGGUGCUGGUGGAUAUUAGGUGGAUUACCUUUUCCGCAUCUUGUACGAGUAAUGGAUUGCUUUUUCCACGAGGGAAUUAAGGUUUUCUAUCGCGUAUCGUUGGCUAUAUUGAUACUUUUUCACAAACACGUUACCAGCAGUAAUUCCGAGUGGGACGCAGAUGCGAUAAAAAAUGAUAUCGAUAAUGCCCUUCCAAAGUUCUGUAAUAUACCAGUCUCACCAGCAAAGCUGCUCCGGACAGCUUUUAGUAUUAGAGCUCUUAGUUCUACGUACAUAUCUAGAGUUUUUUUGAAGACUGAAAUGUUACUAAAGAGUAAGUCAGUACUAAGUGGGCCGAAGCAAAUGGUAAGAUCACGUUCUAGCGAUAAUUUACCAACGAGUCAAUCCCAGAUCAACGUACAAAUGAUGUCUCACACCUUAACAAUUCGGGAGAAAUAUCGAGAAGGUUUAGAUACCUGCCGAGCAAUGCUGUUUACGCUCUGGUCUUGGCUACCAGUAAGAAUCACAAUGUAUCAACCCAUUCUACUGUAUACAACAGAAGAACAUGGAUGCUCUUUGACAACGUUUUACGUUAGAGUAGAACAACAUGAACCAACACUGUUAAUGAUUAAAACGUGUAAUAACGAAGUGUUUGGUGCUUACUGUUCGUCGCGAUGGUUUGAACGCAAUUUAAAAGACGAUCGUGGACAGCGUCAAGCUUACUUUGGCACGGGAGAAACGUUUCUGUUUUCACUUUAUCCCGAACGUGCCAAAUAUCCGUGGGUCGGAAUAGAGGGUGAUACAGGCUUGGGCCAUGCAUCUGAGCUAUUUAUGGCUGCUGACUCCAAGAUGAUUACUAUCGGCGGCGGAGAGGGGCAAGCUAUCUGGAUGGAUGAAAAUAUUCGUUUUGGCAAAACCGACAGGUGCCAAACUUUUAAUAACCCACCGCUUUGUGCUUCUGGCGAUUUUGAGAUACGUGUAUUGGAGGUGUACGGUUUUGUUGGAGCGUGAGUAACCUCCUGAAUUAUGUAUCGGUAAAGCUUGCGUUUAAUUCACAUUGAAAUCCGUAUUAAUGUUUAGUCUAUGUUGAAGCUGAAACCAAAACAAAACUCGAUAUGCUGGUAGAUCUCGUUGAUUUCAUCAUUGUGUUCUUUGACUCUCAUGAAAUGAGAGCAAAAAAUAGAAGUAAACUUUUGACAAAAAUGAAAAUUUCAGCAAAUUCAUCAAGCCUCAGCCAUUCAAGAAAAGAUCGCAUUGUUGUAUGUAUAAUUUUGCCAUGUUCAUUAAAUACUCUGAAUAUUUGCAAAUCGUGCGGAUUGCAUAAUAUCACUACAAGUGAUUAUAUACAUAUUACGUAUUUCAGCCCAAUCGUUCAGCCCAAAGCUUAUUUGGACAAAAGCAAUUUCGAACAAAUAUAUGAAUUAUACAUGAUAAAUGUUUGUUUAAAUUGUCAUUGUGGUUUAAUCGGACUGUAGAAGAAUUCCACGAAGGAAAUUAGUUUUAAGCUUUAGGUAGUAUUGCACUAGAUAUAGUUUACAAAAUUUGUUAUGCAUAUUUGAUUUAAUUAUAUUGUGCAGGGAUUAUCGGAGAUUGUUUUUCAUGUUUGUUUUAUUUUCCGAUGAUUUACGGGCAUGAUGAUGUUGUUUAUUUUCUUCAAAUGUGGUUAAAAUGUUUAUUUUAUUGGAUUUAUGACAUUAGCGCAAGCAAAGUUAUACCAACAAAGCAUUUCAUGAUACAACGAAAAAAACAUUUUAACAUAUCGUUGUAUUACAACAUCACAAAAUUGUUCAAGGAUGUAUAUGUUCUAUUGUAGUGUGUCUCUAUGUGAUUUGUUUCGCAUACUCGUGGAAUGUCAUCAAAAUACAACAAUCGUUAAAUGGUUUUCAAAGGGUUAUAAUUGUACUAUUGAACUAUAACUUCUUGUAAACUACUAAUAACAGUUGUAAUUCCUAUUUACAGUUUUUACGCGAUUUAUAUGGUGUUUGUUGCGAUUCAAGCACAUGAUUGACGUGGCAUAAGUAAUGUUUAGCUCUGUGAAACUAAGAUAUGCUUAUUCCUUUUUCGUUGUUGGAAACUAAGUUCUCGUCGCAUAGUGUGAGCUGAUUUGACAGUAGUCUCUAAUUUCUCAUCUCUCAAUGAAGCGAACAUGGAAACAAGUUGAAAGUUUUGCUUGGUAAAAAGAAGGAAUUACAUUCCAAGAGAAAGGAUUAACAUGCCUGGCUAAUAUUGGUCUAUGUCUUCAUAUGUCCUGCUAAUCAAUUGUGUGUUGAUUUUUUUUUCUUGCAUUGUGUUUUUAUAAAUUUUGGCACGUUUUGGAAUAAUAUCGAUACAUCGAAUGAUCAUGAAUUUUGUUGUUGUAGCGACAUGGAUACAAAAUCCAUGCACAAACGAAAACUUCUGGACAUAAUUUCUAUCUGCUUGUUUUUAUAUUAUUCACAAAAUAAGAAAUAUAGGAAAGUAGUAGAGAAUGUAGGACGAAUUAAUUUAUUAUACUUUAUACUGUAUAAAUAUUGCGUUAAUUUAAGAUGUGUGAUCAAAACUGAUGAAAGCAUAUAAGUAAUAUAUGACAAACGAACAAAAAUAAGAUAUGAAAAAAGAACAAUGAAUUAGAGAUAUACAGAUAAACGCCAAAACUGCAAAAUAACCGAAAUAUUGUAAGUUAGAGAGAUCAAUAUAGCGGGCCAUCUACCAGUGCGUUCAAUGAAAGAAUAUUGCGAUUUCAUACACAUUAAAAUGCAUAUACUAAAACAUCGCUAAAAGAAUAGAAAUAUCAAUGAAAUCAAACGUAGCUAAAAGCUUAAUGUCUAGCAUUAUAAGUACACAUAAAUGCGUGUUUUGCCUAACUUCUCAUCUAUUUUAUGUGAUUCAAAAUGUAUUGUUAUUCAAUGUUCAUGCUUCGAUAGUUGUGUGUUUAGCGUCUGCAGAGAUACAGCAGAUGAACUAAGAUAAGUAGAUGGGUGCGUAUGCAUACUCUUAUUUGUUACAUUAUUUCAUUCUUGCUUAGAAUAUUGAUAAUGACCGCUUACAAAAAAAAAAAAAAACUACUGCAACCAAUAGAUUGCAACAACAUUUUUUCACACGAUAAAGAUCGGUUCAGUUAAAACUUUGGUUAAAAAUCCACUCUGCAAAAGUUAUGAAGCAAGCAAAAUGAAAAAAUAUAUACCAGAAAUGACGAUAUGAACAUGUUAUUGCAUACCGAUAAGGAUGGAUUUAUAAUAAUGUGUGGAAUGCAUAAUUUAUUUGUUUUCAGAUAUAUAUUCAGAGAACAGUUAUCGUAUCUAUGCAAUCAAUGUAUAAGACUUAUUUGGACGUGCUAACAGUAGUAGUAAAACAAAAAAGCAUUGUGAUGAU